AUUAGAGAGCUAUAAAUACAUAUGAUGUGUUUCUUAGGGUAACAUAGAAUACCGUUUCACCCCCAAGGACUUCAGCUUAUGUUUCCUAAAAACAAGGUCAUUUAACGUCUCAACAAAUCUCCGAGAAAGAUCCUGCCUUAGCCCUCACAUUACAGAUACGGAAACAGGCUCGGAGGUGCAAUCUCUGGCUGUGUAGACAGAACAGGGAGUUGGAACUCGGCCUUAUGCCUUUCCCUCCUCACUCUCACAUACCAGCGGGCAGGAAGAGAUCCAGGGAGGAGUUGCACUUGCCCCCCCGGAAAUCUCCAAAAAUCUGCAAAAACGGAUUCCCUGGUGCCGCUUUCCGCUCCUGUCCCAACAGAAAUUCCGAGACCGAAAGGGGUGCGCGUUGCGGCCCGGGGUGAGGGUCUGGACCGCUUCCUCCUCGGUGGACAAAUCGAGUAGCGGGACUCCCCCCACCCCAGCCCCAGCCCCGCCGCGUCCCCAGCUGUCACGCUGCGCGCAGCGGGCGGGGUCUGGAGUUCCUGGACAGGAGAGGGCCAUGCGUGUCCUUGGGCGGAGAGGGGAGGUGACUCCGGCGGAAGAGGACGAGGCAGAAUGCAGGCCCUGCGGGUCUCCCGGGCACUGAUCCGCUCCUUCAGCUCCACCGCCCGGAACCGCUUCCAGAACCGAGUGCCCGAGAAACAGAAGCUCUUCCAGGUGGGCUGGGCGGGGCUGGGGGUGGGGGGAUCCGACGCGCCGACGCGCAGAGCACGGGGCAGGCGGGGCGCCCUCAAGGGAGCAGCCGGCACCCUUCUCAUCAGACACCCCCACAUCCAGGAGGACAAUGACAUCCCGUUGUACCUGAAGGGCGGCUUCGUUGACAACAUCCUAUACCGAGUGACAAUGGCGCUGGGUCUGGGAGGCUCUGUCUACAGCCUGUACUGCCUUGGCUGGGCCUCCUUCCCCAGGAAUUAAGACCAGGAAGCCUGGGGGGCCUGAGGGACUUGAACAAGUGUCAAUAAACGCUGGCCUCUGUG